AUGUCUUCAGCUCUUGAAAAUGAGGAUUUGGAGAAUGUGGCGCUCGUUAGAAUGGAGGACGUGCAGCCUUCGAGGGAUAGGAUAGACAGGACAAUAGAGAUACACAUUCCUCCUGCGACUGAGGAGGAUAUUUUCGAAGUUGGUCGCGAUGAUGUUUUGGAUUACAACGAUUACAUCGAUGAAGAUAGUGACUCAAAUAUCGGGAGUAUGGUUUCGGUGCACUCUGAGGAGUUGUGUGAUGAGGAGGACGAAGAUGGAUUCAGUGAUAGCGAAGAAGUUAUAGUUCCUGAGCUCUUGGAUCACCCUAAAAUGAAGGAUCCUUUGAGAAUAAGAACAAUAUCCAAAUCAGACCAAACAGACAGUUGGCCAACACUGGAAAUACUACCCGGAGGUGUCAUAAAGAGUUCCAUAGACUGUGAAGUAUUUCCGACCAAAACGGAAGCUAAACCGUCAACUAAAGGGGAGAUGAUGUACGCUUGUGCCAAAUGCUCGCAAAUGUUCAAGUACCUGUUCUGUCUUGUCAAACAUGUGAAAUGGCAUGAGGACCAGAGCAAAGUUAUGGGUACUCCACAUUUAAGGAGAAUAAAUGGAUACAAACCCCAAGAAUAUAUUUGCCUACACACAGGUAAUAAAAAAAUAAUGUUACCAGAAACAAAUUGUAAAGGGAAAUUACCAAAGAGGUUAAAAUCAUAG